AUGAUUUCAGAAUAUCCGGAAUAUGCAGAAGGUUUAAUAGGUGCGUUAUUCGGAUUAUUUUUUAUACGACAUCAUGGUUACAUCAAUAAUGAUUCAAUCGGAAUGUAUGGUGGUAAGAUGGUAUGGUAUGAUGGAACUCCAGCUAUGACGGAUUUUAGCUUAUUUUACGAUCAUUCAUUCAAUCCACGUGUAAAUAAGUCUAACUGCUAUCGUUUUAUGACAUGGGCUAUUGAAAACAAUGAUUGCUACCCCAAAAGAUGUGCACUUGGCGAUCAUGGAUGGAAAGGAGAUGAUGAUGAAGUUCAUUGUUUUUCCAUUGUGUACAAAAUGUCGAACCAUACGGAACAACUCUAUUCAAUCGACGAUUCAAUAUGUCGCAUUCAGCGACAGCGGAAACGUAUCGCAAUGUAUCCAGCGGUAUUUCGGGGAAAAGAUGAAUAUGAAUUCAUUGUGGGAAAACUCCAAGAUGAUCUUCAAAUAGAUCAGCCGAUGUUUUAUCGAUAUCAUUUCGUUCUGUUUGGUUUAUGGUAUUUCCGUGGAGCUGGUUAUCGCUGGAGUGAUUUCUCGCAAAAUUCCAAUUUCGAAUUUAUCGAUCCCAAUUUCAAUCCUCAAUUAAACACAUCACAAUGCUAUCGAUUCUUAGCUGUUCCAUGUUGA